UAAUAAUACAACUGUUCAGUCGCGAGUAUGUAAUCUGAGAGUAUGUAAAGUUAAUACCCUCUGUAACGGUCUCCGCUUUCGAAGCUAAACCAUUCGACAAAUAAACCCUCUAUUUCUCUCUCUAAAUUUCUACAGAUUCUAGUGAAUCUGGACAGAUCAAAACCAUAAACCCUAAAAUGUUGAAUGUUUCUCUCUCUUACACACAUAACUUCUCUCUAGAUUUUCGUCAAACCAGAAUUCUUUGAAGCUGCGAUCAAAGGAACCAGUAUAGGGUUUUUAGUGUUAGAAACAGAGGGAUGGUCAGGAUUAUGCCAAGCAUUGACCACGGCAAUCGAAACCCUAGGGCUUUUUCUUCAUUGUCGCUUAACUCUGGCAUCUUACCUCGAAGUUUCUCGUACCACAAGCUUCCUCAACAGCAUCUCAAGCUCUCUGUUUUCAAAUUGGAUGGCUCUUCAUUUGAUGUUCAUAUUUCGAGGAACGCCACGGUUGCCGAGCUUAAGGUAGCAGUAGAGGGUUUAUUUACUUCAUCACCAAGGGAGGGUCAAGAGAAGAUUUCAUGGUCGCAUGUAUGGGGGCACUUCUGCUUAUGCCAUGAAGGUCAGAAGCUAGUCAAUGAGAAGGCUAAUAUUCGGAAUCUUGGUAUCAAGGAUGGUGAUCAGCUUCAAUUUAUCCGGCAUAUGUCAAUAAACUAUAAAAUAGCGAAACAACGAUCUAAAAACCAGAGUGCUGCUUCCAGGCAGUUUGCAAUGUCACAGGGAUCAAAUGUUCAUGAAGAGGGAGAACAGACCACUGUCAAUGAUAAUCAUCAUAAUGAUGAUCAAGAGAAAAUCUCCAGACACCAUGAUUGCGAAGAAGAGCAGGAUGUUAUCAUGCCAGAAUUCAAGCUGGCUCACUUUCUGAAGGGGUGGCUCUCAUACUCUAAAUUGUGGGGUAGUACAAGAAAGGGUUGUGAAGGCAGGACGCGCCCUUCAAGAUUUUCGCUGCAUUGUUAUGGAGGAAGAUCCGGGAUGACUCGGCUUUAGGGAUGAUUAGCAGUUAACGAGUUUGAAUAGGGAAGGAUCGAUCUAGCAUAGGAGGAUACCCAUGGUAUAGUAAAGCCUUGGGUAGACAUUUUGUUUCCAUACGUCUUCGUUAGUAGACUUUUCCUAGCUAUGACGGUUGUGACUAUAUAUCAUUAGCUUAUUUGUAUGAAAUUUAAAAACUGAUACAGGCAUGGUCUACACUACCCAUACUAUUAAUUUUGUGCCUUCCAUGAAAUGACUAUAGGAAGAAGAAUAUCAUGAUUACACUGGCUUUCGCAGCAGGAAUCCGGGUCAUGCCAUACUAAUUGGUAACAUUAAUUUUGGAAAUUUAAAAUGAGCUGAUAGUGGUUUUGUAGUAUUCGUGUUUUGGAGCUCAACCCGUUUAAUCCGAUUAGACCUGUUAAUUCAUCGUGUCAUAAUGUUUGGUGAGAUGAUUAUAAUGGCCCUUCCCUUUCAUUUUUUUUCCCGU